CGAUUAAGCUCUCCUUCGUCCAUCACUUCGAAUCCACUUCACUCAUGCCUACAAGCGGUAAAAGGAGUGCAGCUGAUACACCGACAGACGAAAGCGCUGGCAAAAAGGCAAAACCAUCCGUACAACCAUCGGGUGGUGGGCCAAGUUCAUCGCGCGGACCGACUCCCGCGGCACGAUCGUCAACCAAAACGACCGAUGCCAUGAAGGAUUCGGAGCAUGCGAUGGGCGUCGACACUCCGGAACCUAUCAUCCAACGCGACAAGAAGAAGAACAGCAAGCACAAAGCAACUGAGCCUUCCACGAGUGGCGGCGCCGCCAAGGUCACGCACCGCAAGCUCGCACCGCCUCGUCCAUUCCCUACUGUACCUACGUCUGUCUCUGCCACUGGCCCACGCUCUGCACACGUCGAAGGUAAGAAUCACAUAUGCGUCACACGCAAGACACCGCUGGGCGCAUAUCUCAGACGGUGUAAAGAUGUGGUGUUGAAAGCUGGGUGCGUGCCAGUGGCGAGUAGUCAGUAUGCCAUGGGACUAACGAGCGGAUUCAGACACAAGACGCUGCAUCUUCACGCCAUGGGAGCUGCGAUACCGCACCUGGUGCAGCUGUCCCUGUCACUGCCGGAAAUACUGCCUUACAGCCCAGAAGAGAUCGAGACGGAGGUGAUGACAGGCACGGUCGAGGUGCAAGAUGAAGUGAUUCCGGAAGACUCGGACGAGGAUAUCUCGAUUCGGUCGCGAGGCAAGUCGACGCUGAGUAUCAUUAUGAAAAUCACGGACGGGAAGGACGAGGGAGCACAUACAGGCAAGGGGAAGAAGAAGCCCAAGAGCGGAACUUCGGACGUCAGGAUGGGCGAUGUAGGGAAGCGGCAGCAGAGGCGGGGCGGUCAGAGUGGCGAGAAUGGUGGCGAGAACGAGGGGGAGGCUGGGGAGGGCGAUGUACCCGAGCGAGUGGUUUUUCGAGCUGAAGAUGUGGAGGAGGAGUAAAAUAGCGGGUCUUUAGGCCUGAUACUUGCAAGGAGUGGUCGCUCAUACCGAGCCUAUAGGGUUAAUCUAGCUUCUGACACGUCCUUGCACCACCGCUCGCAUCUUGCAUGUGUUGAUCCGCAAUAUAUCACGCAGUUCACACCCGUUAC